AUGGCUCCCCUUCAAUUCCCCGUCGAGAUGAUCACCUCGCGCUUCAGCGACCGCUUCAACAGCAUCCGUUCGACCUCGAUGAGCUCUCGUUUCGCCAGCCUGAAGCCGAUUUCUGAGUUCUUCGACUUGAAGCGUCUGUCCAAACCCGCUGAUUUCGGCGAGGUGCAAAGCCGGGUCAACUACAAUCUUUCCUACUUCUCGAGCAACUAUGCCUUGGUCUUUGUCAUGCUCAGCAUCUACAGCCUUCUCACCAACCCCGUUCUCCUCUUCGUGAUCAUCCUGGUCACAGUGGGUCUCUAUGGCAUUGGCAAGCUCGAGGGUCGUGACCUCGACGUGGGUGUUUUCCGAGCCACCACCUCCCAGCUCUACACUGGUCUGCUUGUGAUUGCUAUUCCCCUUGGUCUUUACGCGUCGCCCUUUGCCAGCCUGAUGUGGCUCAUUGGCGCUACUGGCGUGACUGUCAUUGGUCACGCCGCUUUUAUGGAAAAACCCAUCGAGAAUGCUUUUUCCGAGGAGGCGGUCUAA